GUCGUUGCUAUUGUGGCCCUCAUCGUGGCCCUUUAAAUUCUCUUUAUUGUCAUCUUCUUCUUCUUUUUCUUUAUCUUCAUUGCUGUCUACAUCUUCUUCGUCAUUGUCGUCAUCGUCAUCGUCGUCGUCGUCGUCGGCCUCUUCUUCUUCUUAUUCUUCCUCUUCUUCUUCAUCAUUAUCAUCACCAUCCCUGUCUUCGUUGUUACCAUCGACUUUAACAACACUAUCCUCGAUUAUAUUCUACCAGUGGUCUCAAACAACAUUGUUUAUAUUCAUCCAGACUCUCGUUUCUUUCCUUUCAAGCCGAUGUUAAAAGUUAUUCAGUGCCUGCAAAUUAUAUACUUGUACGGUAUCACUAAGUCAGGAUGGCAGCCAAUAAAGCACAAAUUAACGCUGUACAGACCAAGCCCGUUGAGGUCUCUCAGCAGCUACAGGAUGGAGAGAAGUUUAUUAAAUGGGAUGAGGAUUCUGGAGUUGCAACGCCAGUAACAUUGAAAGUAGAUAAAUUUGGUUUUUAUCUGCAUUGGGUAGAUCAAAAUAAUGAAAUGGAUAUCUUGGACAUAGCUACAAUACGAGAUACACGCACAGGAAAAUAUGCCAAAAUACCAAAGGAUCCAAAACUAAAAUCUCUAGUAACUAUGGGAUCUCAAGAUUCUUUAGAAGACAAAACUGUAACAAUCUGCUAUGGAUCUGACUUCGUUAAUGUGACAUUUAUUAAUUUUUGCACAACACGUGCUGAGAUCGCACAACUUUGGACUGAUCAACUUCUGCAAUUGGCAUAUAAUUUAACACAGCUAAAUACAAGUACAACUAUGUUUUUGCAGAAGGCACACACAAGAUUAGUAUUAACAGCUGAUAAGUUGGGUAAAAUACCAGUGAAGAAUAUAAUCAGAAUGUUUACGCAAAAUAAAGAAGAUCGUAAGCGUGUUGAAAAAGCUCUUGAUAUAUCAGGUCUACCAUCUGGAAAAAACGACGCUGUACCCCUUCAGAAAUUUCAAUUCGAAGAUUUUUUUAAUUUUUAUAAAUCUCUUACUCAGAGAUCAGAUGUAGAAAAAGUAUUUGAAGGAAUUGUUGGCAAUAAUAAACGUAGAUUAAUGUCUGUUAAGCAGUUUGUAGAGUUUUUAAACAAAACGCAAAGGGAUCCGCGAUUAAAUGAAAUACUUUAUCCAUACGCAAACGAAGCAAGAGCAAAAGACAUAAUAAUACAAUACGAACCAAAUAAAUAUAAUGCCAAUCGAGGACAAUUAAGUUUUGAUGGCUUUUUAAGAUAUUUAAUGAGUGAGGAUAAUCCAAUUGUUGCUGUCUCCAAAUUUGAACUUUCCGAUGAUAUGGAUCAACCACUUGCUCAUUACUUUAUAAAUUCUAGUCACAAUACUUAUUUAACAGGUCAUCAGCUUACUGGAAAAAGUUCUGUUGAAAUUUAUCGUCAGUGUUUACUUGCUGGCUGCCGCUGCGUUGAAUUAGACUUUUGGAAUGGAAAGUUUGAUGAACCUGUUAUUGUACAUGGGUAUACAUUUGUACCUGAAAUCCAAGCACGAGAUGUCAUAGAGGCAAUUGCUGAGAGUGCCUUUAAAACAUCAGAUUUUCCUGUAAUACUCAGUUUUGAAAAUCACUGCAAUCCACGGCAGCAAGCUAAAAUAGCGCAAUAUUGUAGAGAAUUAUUUGGUGACAUGUUGUUAGAUGUACCUCUUGAAUCUCAUAAAUUGGAACCUGGUCAAGAAUUACCUCCUCCAUCUUUACUUAAACGUAAAAUAAUAAUAAAAAAUAAGAAGAAACAUCAUCAUCACCACCAUAAGAAGCUUCAUAAAAAGCAACAUGCAUUAUUACCAGAGGGUGGGGAAACGCCCCAAGAAACAGAUGAGAAUGGCAUAGUUAAUCCAGCUGCUGAAGGGGAAAAUGGUCCUCCGCCGGAUAUUAUACCUGAGAAUGAAGUAGUCGAUGGGGAUAUUAAUAAUGGAGAACAACAAAUUGGAAAUGGGGAUGUAUCUCAUGCACCGAUGCUUCAGCAAAGGCAAAAUAGUAGAGAUAGUACGCAAGAAGAUGAUGACGAUGAAGACGAAUCAAGUACAGAGGAAGAUGAAUCUAAUUUGGAAGAAAUUAAAUUAAGAUUGGGUGAUAAAGUUCCUGUACCCGAAAAAGUGGCAACUGCAGCUAAAGAAACAGAAGCAGGCGCAGAAAUUUCAGCAUUAGUCAAUUACGUGCAACCUGUUCAUUUUAAUAGUUUCGAAUCAGCUGAAAAAAAAAAUCGAAUGUACGAAAUGUCAUCAUUUGACGAAAAACAAGCUACGACACUUUUAAAGGAAAGACCAUUGGAAUUUGUUAAUUAUAAUAAACAUCAAUUGUCAAGAGUUUAUCCAGCUGGUACGCGAUUUGAUUCGAGUAACUUUAUGCCUCAGGUAUUUUGGAAUGCGGGUUGCCAAUUAGUAGCCCUAAAUUAUCAAACACUUGAUCUCUCGAUGCAGCUUAAUUUGGGUAUUUUCGAAUACAAUAAACGCUGUGGUUAUAUACAAAAGCCAGAAUUUAUGAGACGAAGAGAUCGUCGAUUGGAUCCUUUUGCGGAAUCAACGGUAGAUGGUAUUAUAGCAGGGACAGUACAUAUUUAUGUGAUAUCAGCUCAAUUUUUGACUGAUAAAAGAGUAGGAACAUACGUGGAGGUGGAUAUGUUUGGUUUACCAGCGGAUACGGUUAGGAAGAAAUUUCGUACAAAAAUUGUUCCUAAUAAUGGAAUCAAUCCUGUUUACGAUGAGGAACCAUUUGAAUUUAAAAAGGUAGUAUUACCAGAAUUGGCUUCCAUAAGAAUAGCUGCGUAUGAAGAAUCCGGCCGAUUGAUUGGUCACAGAGUAUUACCUGUAGUGGGAUUGUGUCCAGGAUAUCGACACGUUGCACUUAGAACAGAAUGUGGUCAACCGUUACCAUUAGCAAGUUUAUUUCUACGUGUGAUUGUGAAAGAUUAUGUACCACACGGCCUUAGCGAAUUAGCUGAAGCUUUGGCUAAUCCUAUCAAAUACCAAAGCGAAGUGGAAAAGAGAGAGAAACAAUUAAUGGUUUUUAAUGAAUGUUUAGACGAACCUUCGGAACAAAUUGAGGAAAAAGAUAAAGUUAGCGAAGCACCAACUUCUUCGAAAUCUACCGAAGAGACUGGUAAAACAAAACGAUUACAAUCAGUAGGUGAAUUACCAGGUCUUCAACCAGCAGCAAGCAGUAGUACACAUGGCAGACCAUCGAUUAUUGGCAUAAAUACUGCUGAAACACCUGAAGUUGAAGAUAAUGCACCAUCUCCUGUAGUUCAGUUCGUCGAUGCAACUGCAAAUAAAAGCCCGGUUAAUGCUAGUAGUACGAGCGAAGAAAUAGUAGCUGAAUCUUUGGAAAAACUUAUGGAAAAUAAAUUGGUCAAGGAGAAGAAAAUGGAAUUAGAGAAAAAGUUGGAAUCUUUAAGGAAAAAACACGAGAAGGAAAAAAUGCGAGUGCAAUCUCAAAAGGGUUCACUGGAUGGAGAGAAACAUAAAUCUAAGUUUUGCAUGAGUCAUAAAUUAGUCAAACGAUUAUCAAGUAGAAACAUCUUCUCAAGCGACGUGGGUUUAAGUAAUUUCGCUUUAGCAGAAACUUCCGAAUGUUCGGAAAUGGAAAAUCGUGAAGGUGUUGAAGGUCUAUCAAGAGGUUUACCUAGAAGUCAUAGUGAACGAUUAUUGGCUGUGUGUAAAGUACACGUGCAACAAGAACGUGAGUUACAAGAGAAAUAUCACGAGAGUGUAUUUGCGACAGUAGAGAAGGUGAUGCGAGCAUCUCAGUCCAAUCAGUUGAAAACGUUGAAAGUUCUGCAGGAUAAGGAAACUGCUGAUGUUAUGCGUAAACUUCAAGACAGUAGACACGGUGAAGUAAAGAAAUUAGCUAAAGCACACAAAGAUAAGGCUGAGUUUGAUCGAAUGAAGAGAGAAGUGGCUAAGUCGACAGUGGAGAAGGGUGUUAAUGAAUGUACUAGAUUAAAAAAGAUUUAUGAAAAAAAGAAAGCGGAGUUGGAAAGGCAACACGAAGAGGUCCGACAGAGGUUGGAUAAGGAAAGAUCUAAAGUAAAACUAGCUCUACAGGAAGAGUAUAAUAGUCGUUGUAGCAAAUAUGAAAGUGGAGAGUUACCUUUAUCACCAUCAGGUGGUACCAGUAUGCCUGAAUCACUCAGUGAGAAUACAUAUUAAUAAAUUAGAUGAGAUAUUAUAAUGACAAACAUUAUCUCUGAACAAAUUUGGACAAUAUACCAAAUGGAAGUACGGAAAAUGUUGCUACAAACAUUGAAUAGAUUCUAAUGCAACUUUUAUCUGAAAAAGUAGUAGGAUACGAUAGUGAAUUUGUAAAACGGCAGAUAUAAUACUUUCUGAAUAGUGAAAGAAAAAAAUGAAAUCAAAAAUAAAGAGAGAACGAGAAGAUGAUCUUAGGCAGCUCGUCAGUAAUAGAACAAAUUUUGAUGAGCACGGCAUACAUUGUGUACAUAAAAUGAGAUAUUAAUGUCUAACGUCUCGAUGUUCAAAUUCGAAUGACAGAUAAGAUAAUUUUAUAUAUAUAUCUUCUUAGAUAAAAUAAAUCUCUUAUGUUGGUACUAUAAAUAUAUAUGUAUGUACUAUAUUAAAUCGAAUGAUCGAAUUUCAAAGUUAAUUUGAAUGACGAAUCGAUCGAUCGAGCUUUACUUAGCAAACACGAGAAUGCUGCCUUUCGAUCUCUUCGUUAUCGAAAAUAAUUCAUCGAUUCUUUUAAAACGAAAGAGAAAAUAAACUACUUAAAUACUGAAACUCAGUUACUAAUGAGAUAUCAAUAUUUUAAAAAACAACCAAGAGAAUCGAAUCUGCCGUUGUUUAUUAUACAGUAUUAUUAACAGAGUUACGCAUUCAUUGAAAGCUAAUGGAACAUUGAUUUCCGUUCUCAUUAUUAUUAAGUAUGACAAAAUUGUGAAAACAUGGAAAACAUAUAAGUUUAUAUGUAGGGAAAGAGAAAGAGAAAAAGAGAACGAAAGAAGGAAAGAAAGAAAGAAAGAAAGAAAGAAAGAAAAAGAGGAAAAGUAAGAGUAUAUAUAAUUCUAAAUAAAAGAGUAAAUCUUCCUAAGUGCUAACACUUAAUCUUGUUGUUAUAUGCAUAAGGCGUUAUUUAAUUAAAUCAGACUACUUCUAAAUCGCGUUCCAAAAUGCUGUCUAUAUCGACGUUCUCAAUGAUCUAUAAUCAGGAAUGAUAAUUGAUCUUUUACGUCAUACGACAUCGGCAGAUCACAGUCAAGAAAACGAAUUCUCUUUGGCCUAAAAGAGAAUCGUUGAGACAUAGCGAAGAUCCGAAAAGGCGCACAUACAUGAUCUGAUAUAUACCUAUGUAUAUAUUUUUGACUGAAAGUACUCCAUAUUAAAGACAUCUUUAGAAAUGAAAUUUCGGUAUAUAUUCCCGAGUUAUUUAUAUAUCGGACAAAAAAAAAAUCAUUAACUUUUGUUUAAAAUCUUUCGCGCCUGAUAAUGAAUAAUUCCUUUUCAAUGAUAAUAUUUCAUAUGUUUUCAUACACAAGAAUAAAUUUCUCUUCAAUUAUAUAUAUAUAUAUAUAUAUAUGAAAAUUAUAUAUAAAAUUAAUAAUAUAAUAUAUAUUUUUUAAAUGCGUUAGUCAAGUUUUGUUUGGUAACAAAUCGCGAUGAAUAGCGCUGUGAUCUAUGAGAGGAUUUUUAGAUAAUUUGUAUAUACACGUUUGUGUGAAACACGUUUUAUUUGGACGCGAAAGAAAUAGCAAAAAAAAAAAA